UAUCCUUAGAAAAGAACUUAUUAUAACAUAACAUAUCACUGCUUUCAUUUAAGAAACGAAGACACAUCUAUAACAAACGUUUAAUUGUUAUUUAAUUAAGAAUGUUUAUUACUUAGUGCCUGAAGUAUGAUCGCGUAAAGUAAACAAUGAUGAUUAGGUAUAUAUAAUGGUUUUUCAACACCAUGAACAUUGUAUACUGUAUAAACAGACCUUGAAUACAUCGCAACGUGUGUUCUCGAGAGCUGAAUAAACAUGAAGCCCACUGAAAAUGAAGGUACGAUGGCCUCAGCGAUCCUAGUGACGGGCGGUGCUGGCUACGUAGGCUCCCACACAGUGGCCUCCAUUCUAGAACGAGAAACGAGUCCAGAUUUUGAAAUAGUAGUCGUAGACAACCUCACAAACUCCUACAGAGCAGAAGGACAGAAGAAACCGGAACCGAUUAGAAUAAUUGAAGAGUUGACCAAUAAGAAGAUUAGCUUCUACGAGUUAGAUCUCAGCGAUAAACAGGCGUUGAGUAAGAUUUUUGAAAAGCACAGCAUAGAAUGUGUGAUACACUUCGCGGCGCUGAAGGCGGUGGGCGAGUCGGUGCAGAAACCUCUGGAGUACUACCAGGCUAACAUUACGGGAACAUGCACGCUGCUAGAGGUGAUGCGCAGUUACGGUGUGUUUAAACUGGUGUACAGUUCAUCGUGCACGGUGUACGGCGAGCCGGAGCGACUGCCGAUCGAUGAGGGACACGAGACGGGCCGCGGCCUCACUAGCCCCUACGGCAAGUCCAAGUACUUCUGUGAGGAGAUCAUGAAGGAUCUGUGUACUAGUGAUCAGAGAUGGAAGAUAAUAUCGCUGCGUUACUUCAACCCCGUGGGAGCACACCGCAGCGGCCGUAUCGGGGAGGAUCCCGCCGGUAUACCCAACAACCUCAUGCCGUUUAUAGCACAGGUAGCGGUAGGCCGCCUCCCUGAGCUGAUGGUGUUCGGCAACGACUACCCGACGGCGGACGGCACGGGCGUGCGCGACUACAUCCACGUGGAGGACCUCGCCGACGGACACGUCAAGGCCGUGCGCCUCUUCCACCAGCCGGGGUUCAGCGGGUUCCAUGCUGUUAAUCUUGGCACAGGUACCGGCUACUCAGUCCUACAAAUGAUAGAAGCAUUUAAGUCCGCUAGCGGGCGUGACAUACCCUACCGCAUCGUAGGCCGGAGGGCCGGCGACAUAGCAGCCAACUACGCAGACGUGUCCCUCUCACAUCGCCUCCUGGCGUGGAGGGCCACGAGGACUCUGGAGGACAUGUGCGCCGACACUUGGAGGUGGCAGAGUAACAACCCUCAGGGUUUUAAGAGUAGUUAAAUUGCAGAGGAACUGGCUUUGGUAAGUUGUAAUGUUGGUGCCAUACUUGCGGGCACAUGUGUGGCGCUAGCAUUAAAAACUAGUGCAAGUUGUUAUUUAUCCUUUACAAUGUAGCUAAAUAAAUGCAUAAAGUCGACAUAUUUAUAUUUGUAAUUGUUGCUGAAGUAGUUUGAGAAACAAUACUGAUGGUCAGUUGAAUUGAUUUUGUACUUCAUUAUUGAUUGUUAUAAAGUUGAGAAUCGAUUAAAGAUAUUUUUCAAUUGAAGUUGCUGUAUGCUGACGUCAUUAUGGCGUUAAUUUUGACAGAAAUUAAAAAAAAACAUUUACAGCAACAUAUACAGUUUUCAGCCCAGAAUGUUUGAAUACGUAUUCUGUAUUGUAACGCCAUAUUUAUUUAUUUAAGAGAACUGCAGCCAUUUAUAAUAUGAAUUUAAAUUGUUUUAUGAAGUUUUCGAAGCUUUGGUUUGCAACAGGAGUAAGUUUCAGGUUAAAAUAGCCUUAAUUUUGAAGAUCGUAAAGUCUACAUUAGGUUUUCUAUUAUUACUUAAAUGUGAUUAAAAGCAAGUGCAGCAAAAGCAGCAAAACACUGUCAAGAUUUUAAUAGCCAUAUCUAAUUAAAUGAGUGGAUAAAUUAAUGAUUAUUUCUUGGGUAGUGGUACCCAUUUUUAUGUUUUAAAAUGUUUUUAGUAAUCUAUAACAUCGAUAUUUCUAGUCAACACAGCCAUUAAGGACUUUUUUGAGGGGUGAAAAUCAUCCAAUGACUUCCCCCUUGGAAGAGGGGAGAGGAAGUGAGACUUACUGAUUAAAAUCUACCCUGUUCCUAGUUCCUGCUUUUCGAACCGAAGCCCUGAUAACCCGCUAGGUAGUCCGAAGCAUUGCUAAGGACUGGGUUAGAUAACCAUUAAAAUGAUCCUGAGUCCAAUGGGUACUUAUUAAAAUUAAGUUUAUCUUGGUCUUGUCGCAAACCAAAGUCAAUAAUGUAAAACCAACCAUUAAAAGCAAUCGAAUAAUUAACAUUAAAAUAUCAUUAUACCAAAUUUGUUACCAAAAUGUUAGUCGUUCCUAUUGUGUUGCCAUAAUUUAUUUUUAUAUUCUACUGUAUUUAGUAUAUUUUUAUAAUUUAAUGUAAUAUGUAAUUAAUUUUAUUAAUUUAGGACCAAAGCAAUACCAAAUACAUGCCAAAGCAUUUACCGGUGAUUUUAAAGAAGAAAUUUAUUUUUUUAUAAUUAUUUUUUUGUUUAAGAAUGACGAUUUGUUUUAUCCAAUAUUGAAAUUAGCAAUUAGCAUGGAAUCUAGAUAAUUUGUUGCAUUUUUAGAAUUAUAAUUUGACAAAAAAAUAAAAGAAAAUACUUAAUUUUCUACCGUUAUUUUGUUCUAAAGGAUCGCAUUUUAUUUUUUGACUAAUAAUGUCAUAGAGAUAUUAAAUUAUGACUAAAAUUAUAAAAAAAAUCUGUUAACCCUUUAUUUAUAAUCUAUACGCCAGUAACGGGAUUAUUAUUUUUUUAAUUAUAAAUUAGAGUAAGGUGCUAGCUAAACCAAAUGUAACGACGUUGCCUGUCGGCAUAAAACUGAAUUUAUCAUUCCUUAUUUACUUGCUAAAGAAAAUAAUAUUUUGUUUAUUUAUUUUGUGGUGCUAAUUUUUAUUACUUAUGUAAUUAUUUUCAUUUAAUGAUGGAUUGUAUCUUGUUGUGUGUAAUAAAUGAAAUAAAUGUUUAUUAUAUUA